AUGAUUGGAGGCAAGUCCCGUCUGUGGUCUAACUCCACGGGAGGAGAGGAUGAUUCAAUUAAGAAGAAAGGAAGGAGAGAAGCACAAGAGGUCGUUUCUGUUGGUGAUAAUAGUACUGAGGAGUCGAAUAAUGUGUCUAGAUGUCCUGAAACAGGUGCUCUGGGGUCGCAGUCUAAGUCUGAUUCUACGACUGAACCACCGAGUGGUCAAUCUGCCUCGGGUGAUGUAAAUUUAGAAGGUGGCCUUAAUAUCACGAUGCAGCCGGGUGGAGAGCACAAAUCAAGUAGUGAUAAUGUCACUGUUGGUCCUAAGACUGCUGAUGUCACUGCUAAUGUCAACAUUCCAGUACAAAAGAAUCCCAAGCCGCCAGAGAGUCCAGCAUCGCUAUCUACGGCAUGGUAUUCUUGGGCUUGGGCGUCUUCUGCACCAAAAGAAUCCAAGAGCAAAGAUGGUAAUGAUAGUAUAGCCACCAGUAAUGGCAGUAAUGAUAAUGAUGAUGAUAAUAAACGGGAUACAAAGGGUACUAAUGAUGAUGCUACUACUGAGACUAAUUAUAAUAGAGGCGACAUUACUGUUUCUAAUGGUCGAAACCGGCAGGAUCCUGCUAUUACCUCUGAAUCACACCAGCAAUUUGAAGUAAAAGAGUCGGAAGACAACUCCGUUUCAAAUACACCUCAUACUAGAUCUGACUCAUGGUAUACUAGUAUUUGGAGUUUAGUAGGAUCAAAUUACUCGACAACCACAAGCGAUCCGAAAACUGACGAACGAAGAUUAGAUAAACCAUCUGAUAAUACUUCAGAUAAGCGGACCGAGGAUAUCUCCUCAGACAAACUACCUACGUAUUCGACCCCUCCUGAUAGGACCCCUUCUAGUAUCUCAGACUCGGAGUCGCUUAAAGACCCAAAUGUCAUAGCUGGUCCUAGUGGUGACAGAUCGUGGGCAUUUUGGUUUCGAAGCUCAACAACAUCUGAUAAAAGCGCUGACAAGAACCAGAACGACCUAUCAGAACAGGGUGAAUUAGCGAUAUCUGGGACCUCAACAGAAAGUCACCCCAGAACUGUUAAACGUACCGAGCAUUCUCCAGGCCCAGAACCAGUAAAUACACCUGUUAUGGCUGAUACAGGGUCAUCACCAUCUAUUCCGGGCCAGACUUCUCGACAAGCUAACCAGCAAGAGCAAUCUACUCAACCAGGUGAACCCGUUAAUAAGAAACCUCGUAAGGUGAUUCGACCAAACGUAGUCACUCCUUCCCUCGAUGAAUCAUACCCUUUAUAUACGAACUCGAUACGAAUCAAGUCAUCGCUGUCCAAAUUUUCCGAGUACGUUUUCCCACGAUUCCAGGAUACGUUGAAAACCCAAUAUCAUCAGCAUCCGUAUAGAUGUGCCCCACACAAAAUACAGCGGGUGGUGGUAUUUGGAGUGCAUGGGUAUUUUCCAGCUAAAGUGGUACGUACAUUUCUUGGCGAACCUACGGGUACAUCAGUAAAAUUUGCAAGAGAAGCAGCUGAGUCUGUUGCACGAUGGGCUGAUGAGAAGGGAUACGAUGUUCAGAUUGAGGAGAUAGCUCUUGAGGGAGAAGGAAGAGUGAGUCACCGUGUCGACAAGCUGUAUCAAUUGCUUAUGAACUGGUUGCAUUUGAUUCGUGAGGCCGACUUUAUUUAUUUUGCAGCUCAUUCACAGGGAACACCAGUGGCUGUUCAUCUCCUUGCUCGGUUGGUCGAAGAGGGACAUGUGGAAAACAAGCGACUGGCAUUAUUGGGAAUGGCUGGUGUCUCGUUGGGGCCAAUGGCAGGGCUUGACCAGAAGAUUAUCAUGAGGGCCAUUUCGUCUAUAGAGAAUGACUCAUUGUUGGAAUUGUUUGAGUUUCAGAAGCUUGAAAGCGUACAAUCAAGGAAGUAUUUAGAAUCUUUGCGAGUGAUUAUUGCCCAUAACACCAAAGUUGUAUUUGUUGGAUCGCUGGAUGACCAGCUGGUCCCUCUAUAUUCGUCUAUUUGCAGUCAUGUUGCACACCCCAAUAUCUACAGGGCAGUUUACAUAGACGGUGAAGAUGUUGCACCUGGGUUCAUUUCGAAUCUGCUAACGAUUGCUUUAAGGCUGAGGAAUAUCGGGUCUACAGACCAUGGAGUCAUUCAACAACUAUCUGGAGCACUUGCAGGAGCCAUCACUGGAAAGGGCCACUCAAAGAUAUAUAACGAGUCUCAAGUUUAUGACCUGACGCUUCGAUACGCUCUGGAAACGACUGAUGCGGGCCAAGGCGUUCCUGUCAAGGUAGAAUCGGAAUAUGAGAUCCCGAAGCCAAACCAAAACAACCCGUACAUCCUUCCAUGGGCAAUGAGAGGACUGGUAAACGAGGCACGUAUACGUACCGCAUUCUCAGACAAGCUCCAAGAGCUCUACGAAGAAUUCAACCAGUGGCGGCCUGAAUCUAAGGUUCUCAAAGACGUCAAAUACCGCCUCAGUCCGAUUCAGUCGAAACUCUAG